AUGGUAAUGAAUAUUCACCAGUCUGCAGGAAGUUUUUUGAAAGAAAUUUUACAGUCCAAAAAGGCUCACGUGAAUGGGCAUAUUAAUUUACCAUUUGAGGAGAAUGCUAUUGACUUGGUUGUAGGGGAAACAGGAUUUGAUGAUUUACAGAUAUUGAACAUAGGAGGAAGAAGUCCAGGUUCCGUAUCAGAUGACAUGGAUUUGGUCAGUGAUCCAGGAGAUCCAAUUCACAGUGAAACUCCCCUGAAGGAGUUGUUCUACAAAAACCCAGACAGUGAGGUGAGCAAGUUCAGUGAACUCAGUGAUGAGGAAAUCAAACACAGGAACACAGCCAGUAAAAUGAGGACUGUCUCUCCUGCUCCUUCCAUGGAGGACCCUGACAUUUUACAUCUCAUAGACAAUAUUUACAAUCAUAUAUUUGAACACAUGUAAAUACAUCUUUAUAUGUAACAACUAUUUCUCUUGUUGAAAAUUCAAGUAAA